AAAUUGUUGUUGUUCGUCAAACCAAGAAAAAUAGUAACCUCGACGCGGCCGUUUAGCGAGAAAAGCUGGCAUGUUUCGUGGUAUGCGGCAAUGCGGUUUUAUUCCCGUGUUGCAGAGCUUCGGUUCUUCUCCCUUGGAAUUAUGGGACAUGAAGGUGCAGAACGGUUGCGUGCGUCGGGUGACGGACGAGCAGGUCCGAGCUUUAGCUCUCGAGCUUUCGGGUACAAACGUCUCGACCUGCUAUCUUUACUGUCCUAAAGACCCGAAGGGCUCACUUGGCAUACACAUGCCCUAUCUUGUCAUGAUCAUCAAGAGCAUGAAGAAGUACUUCACUUUUGAGAUUACGGUCCUCGACGACAGAAACGUGCACCGCAGGUUCCGCAUGAGCAACUUCCAGAAGAUGAAUCGAAUCCACCACUUCUGCACAUCGAUGCCACUGUGCCUUCAUCCCGGCUGGAACGAAAUAUACUUCGACCUCUCCGACAUCACUCGCAAAGCAUAUAAAACAGGCUACGUGGAAACCACGAGGAUACAGAUCCACGCGAACUGCAGAGUUCGCGUAAUUUACUUCUGCGAUAGGAUUUACGAAGACAAAGACAUUCCGCAAAAGUUGAAAAUAUUUUUACCAACGAACCACGUCUGUCGCAAAAAAAAGCCCGAAGAAUCUGCAGAAAAGAAGGACGCGAUAUCAGCUGGAGAGACCGAUUUCUCGGUUGAAUACGAAAUCUACGAAGAACAAGAUGCGGAGAUCGAAUACGAAGAGAGCGAAGAGACGGAAUUCCUGAAACUAGAGGAAUCUCUCAAAUCGCUGGAGGAAUCGAUGGCGGAUGAAGUAUCGCUGGCAAAGCCCGCAUCUCUCGAAGAGGAACAGACGGGUCCAAUGAAACCGGUACAAGAGGAGGAAGAAGAAGAGGAGGAGGAGAAGGAGGAGGUUGAAUCCGUCGAGGUGGAAGGUGAGAACGUCAGGCCGGAAGAGAACGAAACACAAGAGCAGGACGAAGCUUCUGAAGAAAAGGAAGAACACGAAAGCGAUACCCCGGAAGGCUGACCUCAUUUUACGGACGUGCAAAUUUUGUAUAAGUAUAGUAUCUUUAAUAAAGAUCGAUUUAUUUUUGAA